AGUUCGGAAGGAACGUCAUUUAUUCCCAAAUGAAUUCAAGUUUUUCUACUUGAAUCCUAAACGGAUCGCCUGAAAAAUGUGGGUGAGGCCUGAAGAAGUUUUGCUGGCAAAUGCUCUAUGGAUAACACAACGAGCCAAUCCUUACUUUGUUCUUCAACGGCGUAAAGGUCACGGCGGAGGUAGUUUGACCUCUCUCUUCAUCGGUACCUUAGACUCAGUGCUAGACUCUAAAGCUCUGCCGUAUCGCAUUCUACAUCAGACUCCAAACACUGAAGUCAGCUACACUGUUGCCACUGCUGUACACAAUAAAGACAUCAAUGUUCAUUGGGAAUGGCUGGAACAGAAUCUGAUGGAAACCCUGGGUGCGUUUGAAGCUGAAGAGGACAUUACAGAGUUUGUGAAGUGUAAAAUAGAAAGCCUGGUUGCGAAUUUAGAAACGGCUGAAGAAUCCCCCAAAGAAGUUGAUGAAGAAAGCAAGGCCUUCAAGUCAGCAUGUGAGAAAUGGCAUCGACUCUUCAAAGUGCCUGAAGAUGAAAAGCUCGUCAACUAUUAUUCAUGCAGUUAUUGGAAGAGUAAAGUCCCUCGGCAGGGUUGGAUGUACCUCAGCGUGAACCAUCUCUACUUCUACUCAUUUCUAAUGGGCACCGAGGCGAGAUUAUUCAUACGCUGGACUGACGUCACGCAUCUUGAGAAAAGCAAUGCAGUUAUUUUCCCAGAGAGCAUCAAACUAUCGACCCGAGACCUGGAUUAUUACUUCUCGAUGUUCGUUCGUCCGAUGGAGACGUUCGGACUGAUGGAGCAACUUGCCAAUAUCGCAAUGAGACAACUGCUCUCUGAAGAAAGCUUUGAGCAAGACAAAGAUCUUCCAACGAGAACGAGAAUCAACAAAAAGAAGAAGAAAGUGUCAUCCUUGAAGAGAGACCUGGAUGCUCGGCUAAGGAGUGAAGCUUACAGACAAGUAUUUCGUCUGCCUAGCAUUGAGAAACUGGAUGGUAAUGUACCAUGUACUCUGUGGACCCCAUACAACAAGACACAUGUUAAUGGUGUCCUCUACCUGUCACGUAACUACAUGUGCUUCGCUAGUAGGUUGAAGAACCUUGUUCAUGUUGUGAUUCCAAUGCGUGAAGUCACCGUCAUCGAGAAAGUUGAGAAUUCAUCUGUGAUUCAGAAUGGAUUACAUGUUUCAACAAGAUCAAAGAUGACCAUUUUGUUUGCGUCGUUAAGAGACAGAGAUUUCUUGGUUCAUCACAUCGCAGACUUCCUCUCCAAGACAACAGAAAACACAAGGCAUCGCAGUGACAGUGUGUCCAUCGGUUCCAAUAGUAGCAACAGUCUAGUGGAGCUACCGGCUAAAUCCCUGGCACAAAUUAGCAGCAGCUUAGGGAGUCUAGGAAGUACCAGCAGUAACACCAGCAACAAAUCAGACCACAUGUCAUAUUACACCAUGGUAACUAAUGAUGAUGAUUUUAGUUUUCAUUACGAUACCAACGAUCUCUCAAACAGUUUGUCGGUCCAGUUGCAGCCGGCGUUGAUCACGUUGUUCAAUCGACGAGGAUCGGACGAGAUUUCUGUCAAGGAGUCCGUCAAGACGCACUUAUGGGAUAUUCACUUCAAGGAGUUUGGAAGGGGGGUAUCGAUGUAUCGGACUGUUGACACCCAGGAAUUGAUUGUUAAGGGAAUUCCAGAGGGUCUACGAGGCGAAAUCUGGCUACUCUUCUCUGGUGCUGUCAAUGAGAUGGCGACCCAAGCUGGUUACUAUCAGUCUUUGGUGGAGCAGAGCCUAGGGAAAGACAGCAUUGCGACUGAUGAGAUCGAACGAGAUCUUCACCGAUCCCUCCCAGAACACCCAGCCUUCCAAUCAGAGCUUGGUAUUGCUGCGUUACGACGAGUCUUGACUGCCUACGCGUAUAGGAACCCAAGUAUAGGUUACUGUCAAGCCAUGAAUAUUGUGACCUCUGUCCUCCUACUGUAUGCAAAUGAGGAGGAAGCAUUCUGGUUGCUAACGGCGAUAUGCGAGAGACUACUACCGGAUUAUUACAAUACGCGUGUUGUUGGCGCCCUCAUUGACCAAGGAGUUUUUGAAGCUCUGACCAAGGAAUACUUGCCAGAUUUAUACACUAAGAUGGAGAAGCUUGGAAUUCUCAGCAUGAUCUCUCUGUCAUGGUUUCUUACCAUCUUCAUCAGCGUCAUGCCGUUUGAGAGUGCAGUCCAGAUCAUGGACUGUUUCUUCUACGACGGAGCCCGAGUCAUUUUUCAAAUCGCUCUCGCAGUUCUCAGCACCAACUACGACCAGUUGAUGAAGUGUGAGGACGACGGAAUGGCCAUGACCGUGUUGAGCACGUACUUGGAGAGUGUUCGUAACAAAGACACUUCAAUGCCCCAUAUGCCUCAUACGUCAACACUGGGCGGGAUGACCAUCAAUAGAAAGCCAGAUGUUGACGUCUCAGACCUCAUCCACAGCGCGUACUCCAAAUACAGCUACAUCCGCACCGAUCAGAUCAAGAAGAUGCGUCUCAAUCAGCGACUACGUGUCGUACAGGGGCUCGAGGACACCGCUCGACGGACCGUCGUUCGUAGUCUAGCUGGAGAGGUGCCAUUCAAUACACAAGAACUAGAAGAGCUGUAUACUAUCUUUAAGGAGGAAUAUUUAUCUAGUAACAUACUAAGUGGAACACCAGUCCUCGACCAAACACAGCAUUUCCUGACAACUUUUAAAAUUGAUAUCGAGAAGUUCCGGACGUUAUUUUUGACUUUCUCGCCGUGGGCCUUUGGGACUCAGGCUGACCUGCUCGCUAUCAGGGCAUUCAGGCUUCUAGACGAAGACAGAGAUCACUUGAUCAACUUCCGUGAGUUUUCUUGGGGUCUAGGCAUCAUGUGUCGAGGGGAGUUACCAGAGCGUCUACGUCUUCUCUACAACCUCCAUCUGCCUCCAGCUCUCCUCCCUGAAGACAUGGAGAGUGUGUCUGGAGACACUCAGACUGAUGGAGACAGUACCGUCGGCCAACCCUCCCCAGAGGAACCAGACGAAGCAGAGGCUGCCCUCGACGCCGUCGAGUAUUUUGAAAACACUCUCAAGACGCCUACCUCAGAACAUCCUCCAGAACCGAUACCAAUCUGUGAUAGUGCAGACAAGACUCAAUCCUCGCCCGAAAACUCUGAAGACUUGUCAGGGCAAACUUCUUCCGAAUCAACCUCAAAGACCCCACCUACAGAGGAGGACAAUGAAGAGGAAGAAACAAAAGGAGACGUCUUUGAUCCGACGGGAGAUGAACUUCAGACUGUCUUGCUGGAAGGAGAACAAUCCACAAAUAAAAGAGAUGAGAUGGAAGCCGAGAGGGAGGGGUACCGGUUUUAUCUUCGGAAGUGGGAGGAGGAGAAAGAAGAAGCCAAAAGGAAGAAGGGGUACAAGCAUGUCCCCCGAAUAAACCAGGACCAAUUUAUUCAACUCUUGAAGACGAUGUACGACAUGUUCGUCGAACAUCCCAAGGAGCAACAGCUUUACCGUGCAAUCGCCACCGUUGGCUCUCUUCUAUUUGAGCUCGGAGAGGUCGGCAAGAAAUUCAAGAAAGGAACUCCGACUCAUAGUGCAGCAGAGGUCAUUGCAGCCUCAGAGGUCACUGAAGGGUCAGAGGUCGCUGGUAGUCAAGAAGACUCUUUGCUUGGUGAGGUAGGGAAGUUGCAAGAUAUGUCAGAGAAAGUGGCGGGCGGUGAUACUGCCAACCAAUCUUCUGAUGAUUUUGAACUUGUCAAUAUGCUUGCAGAUGUUCAGAUGGUGUCCAAUGAUGCUGCAUCAGGGGGUACUACACCUAUAUUGGUACAUCCCGGGGGUGCCACUCCUCAGCUGGUGACAGGUGCUGGUGACUCCCCAAUGAGGCUUCAGAGACCAGGAUCGCUGACCGGUCUCGAUAAGAACGAACCGGCUUGGGAGAUUACGUUCGAACAGUUUUUGGCGUCGAUGCUGACAGAGCCUGCCAUUGUGGAUUUCUUUGAUGAGCGGCCCAACGUGAUUGGUCUGGUGGACGGCUUCAGGCAAGGACGUUCUCUCCAACGACAAACCAGCGAGCUGAGUUUCUCUAGUUCUACUUGAAGCCACGCUGCUGAAGUAGACUCUUAGGGCCUUGUCACACGAGGCAACUUUUACAGUCAACUUGGAGCAAGGAAAGGAUCCUAGUUUAAAAUGAAUCAUAAAUGAAAUGGUAGCACAAGAUAUUAUUUCUUCCAUUUUAAAGGCUGCAUACGUAUUACUCAAUGUGAAGAUCCAGAAAAAUUGCCAUAUAAAUAGAACACAGAGAGUUCUGACUCGGCUGUAGUCUGUGACAGCUUGUGAACGCCCUCUAUGUCAGCUGAGGGAAUAGCCAGACAGAACCCCAAGCCAAAGGCGAAACCUAAGCCGGAGCCAUGGUUUUGAAAAAGAUCAUAGAUAUUGUCAACAUGAAAGCUCCAUUGUAAACUCUACCUACUUAUUUACACAUGUAUACAUGUACAGUACAUGUAAAGGCCAUCAUCUUCAUCAUUGUGCAAAGACUUGCGUGCAUGGCCGCCUCGUCCUCAUAUUGUUAUUGGGGCGCACUCCUGGAGUGGUCGCCAUCACCUGCUCUCUUUCAAUCGCUGCUCUUUUCAAUCGGAUGGCAUGGUUGGCUUGUGCGUAAAGCCCUCACUUCUCACCAAAGUGACCCCGGUUGAUACCCGGCCAGGGCCAUAAUAAUAAUUAUGUGAGUUGAAGUGUGCGUUGGUUCUCUGCUGUGCCACAAGGGCU